UCUACUACCGUUUUGCAGGUUGCGAGCCUAUACACUAGUAUACUGUUUUCGGUAUACUGCGCCCCGCAGCGCCCGCGUCAGUGCGACGUUGGGUGUUGUCGAGCGAGGUGGUACUUGGUGGAUUUCAUGGAACGUAAGCGUAAUAACGAGUUUGAGGAGGCGUUCGAGGAAGCUGUUGGUGGCAUCGUUGAGGCUCUUGCCGAUGAGGUGAAAGACUUUGUAGAUCGGCGGCGUAGAGUGUGGGUGAGGGACUGGAUUGGUCGAAGAGAUAACUUUGGAGCAUCAUCUUCUUUGUUUCGCGAACUUUCGGCAGAAGAUCCCAUGGCAUAUAAAAGACACUUGAGAAUGAGUACCGACCAAUUCAAUGAGCUUCUCAGCAUAAUUCAGCCACAAAUAACCAAGAAAGAUACUGCAAUGAGGAAUGCUAUCACUCCCAAAGAAAAACUUGAGGUUACACUGCGCUAUUUAGCUACCGGUGAUAGCUUCCAAUCCCUAGAGUUAUUGUUUCGCAUUUCAGCCACCACAAUUUCAAGAUUUAUUCCCGAAGUUCUGCAAUCAAUCAUAAGUGGAUUACAGCAAUACUUGCAGGUACCUCAAAAUAUGGCCGAAUGGAAGGAAAUACAGAGAAACUUUGAAAUCAAAUGGAAUUUUCCACAUUGCUGUGGUGCAUUGGAUGGCAAGCACGUUGCCAUCAAACGACCUCCUGGAAGUUGUGCAGAAUUUUACAACUACAAAGGAGGAUACAGCAUAAUACUGCUGGCUCUGGCGGAUGCUGAUUGCAAGUUCAUCUAUGUUGAUGUGGGCACAAAUGGACGCGCUAAUGAUGGAAGCGUGUUCACGCUGUCUACUUUGAAAAGUGCUCUUGACAACAACAGCCUGAAUUUGCCUCCUGACUACAUUAUUGUAGCAGACGAUGCAUUUCCCUUGUCAAAUAAUCUAAUGAAGCCCUUCUCAAGAAAAAACUUGUCCCUAGAAGAACGCAUAUUCAACUAUCGCUUAUCAAGAGCAAGAAGAGUUGUUGAAAACGCGUUCGGAAUAUUAGCAGCUCGAUUUCGAAUAUUUCGAAAAGAAAUCGAAGUUGAAGUCUCGACAGUUGACCUAAUCGUGCAAGCUGCAUGCACUAUUCACAACUGGUUGCGCACAGUAUCGCCAGCUACAUACUUCGAAAAAGGAUGGGCCGAUUUCGAAGACACCGAAACAGGAGUGUUGCAUCAAGGACUGUGGCGUACAGCAGCAAUCGAGCUACCAUCCCUAAAAAGUACUCGUGCAGCGAACCCCCACUCCAAAAAAGCAUCAGAAAGAAGGAAUGAACUGGCUGCCUACUUCAACAAUGAAGGAAAAGUUCCUUGGCAAAUGAAGGCAAUCGGAAUGUAACAUGUUCAGAGUAAAAUUAAAUUAAAAAUUCAAUAUCUUGCCAACACUAAUCUACGGAUUUGUAAUAUUUUCAUUCAUCAUAAGCAAUGCAUUAUAAA